AUGGCGCUCAGUGACAAUAAGCAGUCUGGUAAGGGUGGGCAAGUUGGCCCCACUGGCCCCCAUGGGGUGAAGGGUAUCAAGGGCAGCAUCGCCCUGCACAGCAGCCACUACUACCAGACGCUGGUCUUUGACACGGAGCUCGUCAACCUCUACAACCACUUCAACAUGUUCACCGGAAAGUUCUUCUGCUACGUGCCCGGAGUCUACUUGUGCACUCUCAACGUGCACACCUGGAACCAGAAGGAGACGUACCUGCACCUGAUGAAGAAUGAGCAGGAGGCGGCCAUCUUGUACGCCCAGCCGAGUGACCGGUCCAUCAUGCAGAGCCAGAGCCUGCUGCUGCAGCUGGCACGUGAUGACCAGGUGUGGGUGCGCCUCUACAAGGGCGAGCGCGAGAACGCCGUCUUCAGCGAUGACUUCCACACCUACAUCACCUUCAGCGGACACCUCAUCAAGGCACAGAGUGAAGGAUAG